AUGUUUGAUUUUUAUUUCAGGUUAGAAAGCAGCCCAAAGCAGCUGGUCUGUGUGGAGAUGCUGAAAGAAUGCAACUACAAGUCGUUCGAAGAGCUCAUCACGCUGUUGCGCUUAGAUCGGGAUCAGAGAAAAAACGCUCGGCCGUUUUCAACCAGGCUGAAGGAUACGCCUCUGGAGGAACAGCGGGAAAAACUGGAGACCAUGGCCUUCUACCUGAGCCGAGCGGAGAAGGCGGAAAGAGAAGGCUUGUGGAAGCCAUCCUGUGAGGAACGUCUGCAUUUAGGUCACUACUUCUUCAGUCAGAAGGAUCUGUGGCUCAGUUUUUAUUUCUACCAAAGCUGUGCUAACAACGAGCGUGGAGGAAGAUCCAAACUGGCUACAGAGGCCAGACUGCGCAUGGCCGAGAUUUACCUGCAGCAAGGUGAUCUGGAGGAGUCCAGGCUGCAGGCGGAGAAGAGCCUGAAACAGGCGGAGGAAGGAGGCUGGUUGGACUCAGACGGUCGGCCUAUGAAGCUCUGGGCCUGCACACACCUGGGAAGAAUCUACUGUUUGCUGGCUGACGCUUCCCUCGCAGCGGCUAACUACAACACAGCCAAGAGGCUGCUGGACCGAGGCUUCAAAGUUGUCACAGACGUUAAAGACAAGCUGGCUGAGGCGGAGGUGCUCUUCAGACAAGGACUGCUGCUACAGCGGUUAGGAGAUCAUCCUGCAGCCAGGCAGGUCUUCAGCCGCUGCAUGAAGAACUUCAACAUGAUGCAGGAUACAGAAGGACAGGUGAAGACCUACAAGGCCACAGCCAAGUCCUUAGAAAGCGAAGGAAACAUAGAGGAGACUCUUGAAAUUUUGGAGAAGGCAGCAGAUAUCUGCAGAAGCAACGGACUGCAGGGGGAGCUGGCAGACAUCUGUCUGACUCAGGGCACCCUCUACAGCAAAAUGGAUCAGCUUACGAAGGGGGUUGAAUUCUUCCACCAGGGUUACAAAGCUGCAGUUAACACAGGAGACAAACCUCUAGUGCAGAAAGCAAAGGACUUAAUCGGUCAAGCCUGUGCAAACAUUUAUAUGAAAAAAAAUAGCGCUGAGCUGCAAUCGCCCUCCAGCCAGGCAUCUGUGACGCGGCUGGUGAAAUCUAAGGAGACCAGAGGAUUCAAGGACUUGUUUCCAGACUUGGUGGAUUAAAGUCCUGCUGCCUUUAUGUGGGAAAGUUCAGCAGUUGGUUUCUUGGAUGAAGACAAAGCAGGAAAAUCUACUUUUCAUUGCUUCUUUCCUCUGAUCUUGUCCAACUCAUGGUAAUUUAAAUGCCAAUAUUUUUAUUGCAUGCGCAUCGAAAAAGGAUUUAAAGCUAUUUUGCAUUUAUCAGCAGAUUAAUUGUCUGAAGUUAUUUAUGCAACACAAUUUCAUAUAUCAACACAUUUUCAGUUUCUGCAGUUCUAAUAGAUUUACAUUGAAUCAGAGCUUUAUAAUAGUUUUUAGAUCCAAAAGGCUUUUAAUAUUUUCUGUCAACUAAUAUGUGCCAUAUGUGAAUAAAACAGCAUUAUAAAUAAAUGUUUAUUCUGUAGUGUUUGUGAUGACAAUGUUUUGUUUAAAUCGAUGUGAUCUAGUUCAAAAUAUUGUCUUUAUAUGGCUUUCUUUCUGUUUAGAUUUCAAUCUCCUUUUUCAUUGU